UGACCUAAAAUGAAGAUAUAUUCCCACAUCUCUAACAAUCUGGAGGACAGGCAGAGGACCAUGUUGAGAUUUGGUGUGCACGUGUGGAUGCUGUGUUUGCUUUAUGCAGGCUCUUUGCUCGGUGAGGACCUCAGUGGCUGUGAACAUCAGCCAUGCCAAAACGGUGGCGUCUGCCAGAGCCACGACGGAGGAUUCAGAUGCCUUUGCUCGUCUCAAAGCCAAAACGGGCGCCUUUACGGCGGGGAGAACUGCACAGUUGCACUUUCAGGCUGUGACAACACCCAGUGUGAGAAUGGAGGGAUCUGCUCGCCCUUACUUGUAGAUGACCAUCACACGUUCACGUGUAUCUGCCUUCCGGGCUUCACAGGCCCUCGAUGCCAGAUUCCCACUGUGUUCUCCUUCGAGUCGCCGGGACACAUGUACAUAGAGACGCAGCUGCUGGACGCAGAAGCUCCACUCAACGUCACAUUUAGCUUCAGGACAACCGGAGCGGCCGGCACCCUGUUACAGCGCAGGGUGGGCGAUCUCCUGCUCAGCAUCCAGCUGAUGGACGGGCACCUCCGCCUCCUCAGCCUCAGAGGUCAAGGCUCCAGCACGCUGGUCCAGGAGCUCCCCGAAUAUUUGUCCGACAAGAAGUGGCACACGGUGGAAGUGUCGCUCGGCGGCGUGGUCAGCCUCAUCCGGCUGCUCUGUACUGAAGGAAACUGCACAAGAGACCCCGGCGUUGAGGUCCAGUUACUUCAGCAAGGCGACGGCCUGCCCGAGCCGGGAAGGCUGCGUCAAAGCCUCUUCAUCGGAGCCGUCGGAGGAAACUGGGCGUUGGGCGGAGAGGAGGGGGAAGCGGAGACCCCGGCUGCUUUCCUGGGCUGCUUCAGGGACGUGUUUGUGGACUCGCGUCUGGUGUUGCCGGUUCUGGCGCCGGUUGAUUCGGUCGCCCAGGCGAACAUCACCGUGGGCUGCAGCGACAGGGAGAAGUGCGACGACAGUCCGUGUCAGAACCGAGGGCGCUGCGUGAGCCACGGCUGGAGGAGCUACACCUGUGAAUGCCACCGGCCGUACGAGGGGGACAACUGCGCAGAGGAGUACGUUACUGCAAGAUUUGGGAACGGAGACCUGGGGAGCUAUGCUUUAUUCUCCAUGGACGACGACCCCGGCGACGCUUUGGUCAUCUCCAUGUUUCUUCGCACCAGACAAGCCAGCGGUCUGCUGCUCAUCCUGGCCAACAGCACCAGCCAGUACCUGCGCCUGUGGCUGGAAGGAGGAAACAUCCGAGUUCAGGUUAACAACUUUGAGACCCUCACUGGCCAAGCUGCAGUGAGCGACGGUCAUUUCCACCUGGUGACCGUGAAACUGGAAGGCAUGGCCGCCAGUUUGUUCCAGUCGACUCAGAACCAGGGCUCCAUGCCCAUCAGGUACGUCCAGGCAUACCCGGGGGACCUGAUGUUUGUCGGGGGACUCCCAGACGCGAGAGCCGCCGCUUCAUUCGGUGGCUACUUUAAGGGAUGCAUACAGGACCUGAGGAUCAACAGCAAACGCCUGCAGUUCUUUCCAAUAGCCGCUCCAGUCGAGUCUUUCAGACUAGAGCAGCUCAACAACGUGGCAGAAGGAUGCAACAGCAACAACGCCUGUGCUGUGAACCCCUGUCUCAACGGAGGAGUGUGCUACCCCAUGUGGGAUGACUUCACCUGUAACUGCCCCCCCAGCACUGCCGGGCGGCGCUGCCAGGAGGUGAAAUGGUGCGAGUUGUCCCCGUGUCCUGCUGCGUCUGUUUGUCAGCCGCUGUCUCAGGGCUUUGAAUGUUUAUCCAAUGUGACGUUCCGGCCUGAAAGUGGAGUUUUACACUAUCAAAGCAAAGGAACGAUAAAACGACGCUUCGCCAACGUCUCCAUCAGCUUCCGCACCAGGCUGCCCGCCGCCACAUUGCUGCACGCCCAGAAGGACUCGGACUACCUCACCGUUUCCCUGCUGGACUCUCGUCUGGCCGUGGAGCUCCAGGUCUACGAGUCGCCCAAGGUGACCCUUCAAAGCCAGGGUCUGCUCAGCGACGGCGAGUGGCACAUAGUAGAGCUCAGCAUGGACAGCAAGACUCCCACGUCCAGCUGGACGAUGGACGUGGACGGAGGCAAGGAGGUGAGCUUGUCCAAGACGGCUGGGAAGGCCCUGGAUUUUCUCCAGGAGGGAGGCCAUGUCGCUCUUGGCGGACUGAGUCCGGACGGUGGGGCGAACCUGUCCGGUUGUCUCGGUCCCGUUGAGAUCGGAGGCCUUCUUCUCCCUUUCCACCUGGACACGGAUCUGAACCUGCCCAGGCCUCAGGAGGAGCGCUUCGUGAGAGUGAAUGGCGACUCCUCCCCGCGCUACGGCUGCUGGGGGUCCGACGUGUGUUCGCCCAACCCCUGCCUGAACGGCGGCGUGUGCGAGGACGCCUUCGACCUGCACCGGUGCACGUGUCCCUUCGAGUGGGCCGGCCCGCUGUGCGAGGAGCCGGCGGACGGCUGCGCGUCCGGCCCCUGCCUGUUCGGAAACUGCUCCAGCGCGCCCGGGGGAUUCCGGUGCGAGUGCGAGGCCGGGUACAGCGGGGAGCAGUGCGAGCUGGAGGUCGACGUGUGUGAAAACAGCAACUGCAGCCACGGCGCCACCUGUCUCAAGGGCUUCCAGAGAUACGCCUGUCUCUGCCCCCAAAAUCUGACCGGCCAAUACUGCAAUGAGAAAAUCCGGGAGAUCCCAUGGUACAUAGAGACCAGCCCACUUCCACGCCUGCCUCUCACCACGUGUACGGGGACAAGAUGGAACUACAGUUGUUUCAACGGAGGGAACUGCUCGGAGGCGGACCACAGCUGCUACUGUCUGCCCGGCUUCACCGGACAGUGGUGCGAGACGGACGUGGACGAAUGUGCCUCGGAGCCGUGCAUGAACGGGGGAUUCUGCAUCAAUUACGUGAACAGCUUCGAGUGUGUGUGCGACAUGAACUACUCGGGCGUCCACUGCCAAAUAGACGUGAGCGACUUCUACCUGUACCUGUUCCUGGGCCUGUGGCAGAACCUGUUCCAGCUGGUGUCCUACCUGGUGAUACGCCUGGACGACGAGCCGGAGAUCGAGUGGGGAUUUCACGUCAACGACUGAAAACAAGCUGCA